CCAUCGCCUUCAAGCACCUCUUCCUGAAGGACUACGUGGACGGCGCCGAGGACUCUUACGCCGUCUACACCCAACACGACCUCUACGAGCGCAUGUUCUAUGCUGUGGAGAAGUACUUGGCCAUUCCCAAGGAGACCAUCGGGCGUUAUGCCUACGUGCGAGGGGAGAGCGGGGGCAACCACUCGGCCCUCAUGUUGUGUCAGCAGUACUACAGGAAAGGCCGCAUCGACCCGGCCAAUGACACCUUCAACAUCGAUCCCAAGAUUGUCACAGACUGCUUGGGAGUGGACCCUGAGGACCCACAGCCUCUUCCUCCAGAGCUGGACCGCAGCUACAAGAACUUCACCCUCAAGUUCCACAAGCUCAUCAACGUCACCAUCCAGUUCAAGCUCAAAGCCAUCAACAUCCAAACCAUCAUCAACAACGAGAUCCCCGACUGCUACACGUUCACCAUCACCAUCACAUUUGACAACAAGGCCCACAGUGGCCGGGUAAAAAUCCACUUGGACAACCGGGCUGACAUCAAGGAAUGCAAAGAUCCCAGCGUCUUCGGCCGAGGUGACAACUCCUUCAGGCUGUUCUUCGAUGUCAUCGUCAUCCUCGUCUGCUCCUUGUCCUUCAUCCUCUGCGCUCGCUCCAUCAUCCGAGGCCUGAUGCUCCAGCACGAGUUCAGCCGGUUCUUCCAGCGCCGUUACAACCAGAGUGUGUGCCUGUCGGACAGGAUGGAAUUCCUCAACGGCUGGUACAUCCUCCUGGUCAUCAGCGAUGUCCUCACCGUGCUGGGGACCAUCAUGAAGAUUGGCAUCGAGUCCAAGAACUUUGCCAGCUACGACGUCUGCAGCAUCCUCCUGGGCACCUCCACGCUGCUGGUGUGGGUCGGGGUCAUCCGGUACCUCACCUUCUUCCAGAAGUACAACAUCCUCAUCGUGACGCUGAGGGUGGCUCUUCCCAACGUCAUCAGGUUCUGCUGCUGCGUGGCCGUCAUCUACCUGGGCUACUGCUUCUGCGGGUGGAUCGUGCUGGGUCCCUACCACGUCAAG